AACCUAAAAGCCCCACAACCAGAAACUUCAUCUCUCUCUCUCUUCCCCCUUCCCUGUCGCUCUUUCCGUAGCUCUCGCUGAUGGAAGCCAUACUCGUCGAUUCUGUGCUCGGCAGUCUCCGGCAUUUCCUGCACCGAAAUGCCAUUUUCAUAUGCGAACGUCUCUGCGCUGAGUUUCCAUCCGAAACAAAUUUGCAAUUAUUGGCCAGCUGUUACUUGCACAACAAUCAGGCUUACGCGGCAUACUAUAUUUUAAAAGGAACACAAAUGGCUCAAUCCCGCUACCUGUUUGCAAUAUCGUGCUUUCAGAUGGAUCUUCUGACAGAAGCUGAAGCAGCACUGUGUCCUGUCAAUGAGCCUGGUGCUGAGGUAUCGAGUAAAGUCUAUAUUCCAAAUGGUGCAGCUGGUCAUUACCUUCUUGGGCUUAUUUACAGGUACACUGAUAGAAAGAAGAGUGCCAUUCACCACUUUAAGCAGGCUUUGUCUUUAGAUCCUUUACUCUGGGCUGCUUAUGAGGAGCUCUGUUUAUUAGGUGCUGCUGAAGAAGCAACUGCAGUUUUUGGUGAAGCAGCUGCUCUUUGCAUCCAAAAGCAGCAUCUACAUCAUGGAUUGGCAUCCCAGAACUUGCAGACAUCCAUUGAGGAUCGCAAUUUAGUCUCUGGUAGGAACUUGAGUUCUGAAGAUGUCAGUCCAAGACAAUUGAAGCACAUACAUGCUAAUAACCUAAGAGAAAUCCCUGGAAAUUAUCAUGGAGCAGCUAUGUCGGGAGCAACUGCUAGUCAGUCUCUAAAUAGUGGUCCUUCUAGCACAGCAUUUUAUCAUACUCCUUCACCAAUGGUUGCACAGUUGUCAGGUGUUGCUCCACCACCACUGUGUAGAAAUGUGCAGCAAAAUGGCCUAAACCCAAGCACAGUUGGUAAUGAUAGCUCUCCAAGGUCAACUGUUAACCCUACCAUUCAAGCCCCUCGAAGAAAGUUUGUUGAUGAGGGAAAAUUACGCAAGAUCUCAGGGAGGUUAUUUUCUGAUUCUGGCCCUAGACGAAGUACAAGGCUCGCUGGAGAAGCUGGUGCCAACACAAACCCAAGUGGCACAACAGUAGCUGGAAAUGGAACUAUUCACUCUUCUAAGUAUCUUGGAGGUGCCAAAUCGAGUUCUGCAGCAUUUCGUUCUGUCACAGUUCGUAAGGGACAGACUUUGGCUAAUGAAAGUUUUGAUGAAGGAACACGCCAGGAGGUUUUUGAUGAUUCUCGUUCCUAUAUCUCAGCGGCAACAUCAACGUCAACUUCAACUUCUGGUGAUCCUAAAUCCCUUGAACAAGAUGAAGCAACCAUGACAAUUGGUGGGGUUAUCACAAAUACCUCAAAAAUCAUAAAUGGUGCUGCUGAAGUACUGAAUCUCUUGAGAACUCUUGGGGAAGGCUAUAGACUUUCCUGUAUGUAUAGGUGCCAGGAUGCGCUGGAUGUCUAUAUGAAACUUCCACACAAGCAUUAUAAUACUGGUUGGGUGCUUUCUCAGAUUGGAAAAGCAUAUUUUGAACUGGUUGAUUAUUUAGGGGCUGACCGUGCAUUCAGUAGUGCCCGUCAAGCAUCUCCUUAUAGUUUAGAAGGAAUGGAUAUAUAUUCUACAGUUCUUUAUCAUUUGAGGGAAGAUAUGAAGCUAAGUUACCUGGCUCAAGAACUAAUAUCCACAGAUCGCUUAGCUCCUCAGUCUUGGUGUGCCAUGGGAAAUUGCUAUAGUUUGCAGAAAGACCAUGAAACUGCUCUAAAGAAUUUCCAGCGUGCAGUGCAACUAAAUUCAAGAUUUGCAUAUGCGCACACCCUUUGUGGUCACGAGUAUGUAGCCUUAGAGUAUUUUGAGAAUGGAAUUAAGAGCUAUCAGAGUGCCCUUCGGAUUGAUGAUAGGCAUUAUAACUCCUGGUAUGGUCUUGGAAUGAUCUGUCUUCGCCAAGAGAAGUUUGAGUUCGCAGAGCAUCACUUUAGAAUGGCUUUCCAAAUCAAUCCACGUUCUUCAGUUAUUUUGUGUUAUCUUGGGACGGCUUUGCAUGCAUUAAAGAGAAGUGGGGAAGCUUUGUACAUGAUGGAGAAGGCUAUUCUAGCAGAUAAGAAGAAUCCUCUUCCCAUGUAUGAGAAGGCUAACAUACUUUUGGGCUUGGAUAACUUUGAUGAAGCCUUAGAAGUCCUAGAGGAGCUUAAAGAGUAUGCUCCGCGUGAAAGCAGUGUGUAUGCCUUGAUGGGUAAGAUUUAUAAGCGACGCAACAUGUAUGACAAGGCCAUGCUUCAUUUUGGAAUUGCUUUGGAUUUGAAACCAUCUGCAGCAGAUGUUGCUACCAUCAAGGCUGCCAUCGAGAAGUUGCAUGUACCAGAUGAGAUUGAAGACAACUUAUAGAUCUCCCCACUACCAAAAGCGUAGAAAGCCUGUUGUAAAUUGUUCAGCUCAAAAGACUCGCUCACAGGGAGUUUGACUGCUUGUGCUUUCGGCUAAUGCUGAAGAGAAUCGUCUCAUACUCGGAUCCUAUUCAUUUUCAUAGGUUCCCCUUCAAAUAUGCUGAUCUUGUAACAGAAAACUCAGUUUUGUAGGUAGUUUACAUAGUUUGCAGAGAAACAAUGUACCAAUGACUUACAAACCAGCCAUGCUUAUUCUAUGUUUCUCUAAGGGCCUGUAUCAUUAUCUUGUGCUUUUACU